AUGCGAGUAGCGGAGGGUGGCCGACCACUGCUGGCGCCUCGGUUGCUGGUGACGACCUGGGGCCUCCUUUUGCUGCUCCAUUCCAGUGGCGGGGCCGAUCUGAAGGCACGUGCCCGUGCGGCGCUGCUGCUCGAGCGGCCCGGCGGACCAGCCAACUGUCAACCGGAGCAACCGCGGCCAUGCCCCCCGAGCAAGUUCCGGUCGGCGUCGGGCGAGUGUAACAACAUCAACCACCGGCACUGGGGUGCCCGAGGGGAUCCGCUCAUCCGGCUGCUUCAACCGGCGUACGCCGACGGACGGGUGAAGCCUCGCACGUCGACCGGCUCGCAUGCCCUUCCGUCGCCGGAUGCUGUCGUCUCGCACCUGCAACGGUCCGCCGACGAUAAGGCAACCCAUCCGCACGUCACGGCCAUGCUGCCGGCCUGGGGCCAACUGCUGGCGAACGACCUGGUGCAAAUCCUGUCACCGAACGCGCGGUACCGUUGCUGCCACAACGCGACCCAAGAGGCCGACCCGGUGAAGGACGAGUUGGCACAGUGCUACGUGCGGCCCGGGGACGAAUGCCGCGAGUACAAGCGUUCGAUUCCGUCGCACGAGCCGACCAGCUGUGACUUUGAGUACCGGAACCAGAUGAACGCGGCCUCCGGUUUCCUGGACGGAUCGGGGCUGUACGGCACGACGGAGAAGGAGAUCCACGCGCUGCGCUCGUUCCUGAACGGCAAGGUCGAUACGGGCGCGUGCUUGCGGUGCCAGGAGCCGGGAGCGAUCGGAGCCCUGCACACGGUCCUGCUCAAGGAACACAACCGCGUGGCGGAGCGGCUAGCUCGGCUCAACGCGGAGUGGAGCGACACGACGCUGUUCUACGAGACGCGCCGCAUCGUGAUGGCGCAGAUCCAGCACAUCACCUUCAACGAGUUCCUGCCGGUCGUGCUCGGCAGCCAGAUCACCGAGAACGACGAUCUGCGGCUGGAGAGCGGCCGCCACUACACCGGCUACUCGAGCGCCAACCGGGCGGGCAUGUUCAACGAGGUGGCCGUCGGAGCGCUGCCCGCGUUCCUCACGAUGCUACCGCCCGAUAUGUACAACGAGAGCAUGUCGACCGAGAUGCUGCUGUCCAGUGCGGCCAUGCAGCAGACGUUCGUCCCGGAACACGCCGGCUUCAACAACGACUGGACGCCGAUCUCGCUCGCCGUACAGCGAGGCCGUGACCAUGGUGUCCCGGCGUACUACAAGGCCAUCAACCUGUGCGAGGCCCGCUUCGGGAAGCCGUUCGGCACCAAGCUAAGCUUCGACGACAUGGCGUACUUUGGGCUGAGCCGCGCAAAACGCUCGGUCCUUGAGACCCUAUACCAAGAGCCGGAAGACAUUGAUCUGCUGAUCGGGGGGCUGAUGGAAACGCCGGCCCUCGGAACCGUGUUCGGACCCACGCUCACCUGCCUGCUGGCCAUCCAGUUCGCCAGCAUGCGCAACAGCGAUCGGUUCUGGUACGAGAACGAUCUACCCCCGUCGUCGCUGACCCUCGACCAACUGCAGGCCAUCCGACGGGUGACGCUGUCCGGGUUGCUGUGUCAAACGCACGACAUCCAGCGGGCCCAACCGAAGGCCUUCAUCCGCGAGGACCCGUACCUGAACGCGCGGCUGAACUGCGAGCAGCUGGCCGGGUUGGACGUGGCGGCCUGGCACUCCUCGGAGCAGCCGGAUCUGGUGGAGGAGUACAUGCAGGACGAGCAACCGACCCCGGCCGAGUUCGAGGAGCUCAACAUGGACCUGAUUGCCCAGGCCCUCAACAAGGCCAAGUCCAAGCUGAACGUACGCAAGCAACACGAGUACGAGGCGUGGAUUAAGCAGGGAGGUGUCGACGCCAAGUCUCCGGACGGUACGGCCGCUUCCUUCAGCAAGGCGAACCGGAACGCGCUGAUCAUCGCCAACACGUCGCUCUUCUACGAGCUCGCCACGAACGAGAUCGUCAGCUCGCUGCACACUCUUCGGCGGCGCAAGCGGCAGGUGUUUGACAACAAUCUCGGUGGGUUCGCGAGUGACGACUUCAGCAACGCCCUGCAGAGCGUCGACGUGAAUCAGUUCAUUACGGGGUCGAUCUCGCCGAUCAAUCUGGAGCCGCAGUGCGAAAACCUGGAGGCGGCCUGCGACACGGACACCCCGUUCCGCACGCUGACGGCCCACUGCAACAACCUGCGCAAUCCGGAACUCGGCCAAUCGCUGACCACGUUUGCCCGGCUGCUGCCCCCGGUUUACGACGAUGGCAUCUCGUCGCCGCGGACCAUCUCCGUCACCGGUACGGCCCUGCCCAAUCCGCGCACCGUGUCCUCGCUCAUCCACCCGGACAUCUCGAACCUGCACACGCGCUACUCGCUGAUGGUGAUGCAGUACGCCCAGUUCCUCGACCACGAUCUCACGAUGACACCGAUCCACAAGGGUUUCCAGGAGUCGAUCCCGAGCUGCCGAUCGUGCGACUCGCCGCGCACCGUGCACCCGGAGUGCAAUCCGUUCCCGGUGCCGCCGCGGGACCACUACUACCCGGAGGUGAACGUCACGAGCGGCGAGCGGCUGUGCUUCCCGUUCAUGCGCUCGCUCCCCGGUCAGCAGACGCUGGGGCCGCGUGAGCAGAUCAACCAGAACACGGCCUUCCUGGACGCGUCGCAGGUGUACGGCGAGAACGGGUGCAUCGGGAAGAAGCUGCGCGGGUUCUCGGGCCGGCUCAAUUCAACGAUCCACCCGGUCCAGGGCAAGGAGCUGCUGCCCCUGUCGCCGGUCCACCCGGAGUGCAAAUCACCGAGCGGGUACUGCUUCAUCGCCGGAGACGGCCGGGCCUCGGAGCAACCGGGGCUGACGGCGAUCCACACGACGUUCAUGCGCGAUCACAACCGGAUCGUCGAGGGCCUGCGAGGUGUUAACCCGCACUGGAGCGGUGAUCAGUUGUACGAGCAUGCGCGGCGCAUCGUGAUCGCCCAGAACCAGCACAUCACCUACAACGAGUUCCUGCCGCGCAUCCUCAGCUGGAACGCGGUCAAUCUGUACGGGCUGAAGCUGCUGCCGCAGGGUUACUACAAGGAGUACAACCCCACCUGCAACCCGUCGAUCGUGACGGAGUUUGCGGCGGCCGCGUUCCGCAUUGGCCACUCGCUCCUGCGGCCCCACAUCCCGCGGCUCAGCAUACAGCACCAACCGAUCGAUCCGCCGCUGCUGCUGCGGGACGGUUUCUUCCGCACCGACCAGUUCCUGCAGCACGGCCUGGUGGACGAGAUUCUGCGCGGGCUCGUGGCCACACCGAUGGAAACGCUCGAUCAGUUCAUCACCGGCGAGGUGACGAACCAUCUGUUUGAGGACCGUCGCAUUCCUUUCUCCGGCAUCGAUCUGGUGGCGCUGAACGUGCAGCGGGCCCGUGACCACGGCAUCCCGUCGUACAACAACUACCGCGCCCUGUGCAACCUGAAGCGGGCGCAAACGUGGGAAGAUCUGGGCCGCGAAAUCCCACCGGAAGUGAUUGCCCGGUUGCGCCGCAUCUACGCACACGUCGACGACAUCGAUCUGUUCCCGGGCGGAAUGUCCGAGCGGCCACUGCAGGGCGGCCUGGUGGGGCCUACCUUCGCCUGCAUUAUUGCGAUCCAGUUCCGGCAGCUACGCAAAUGCGACCGUUUCUGGUACGAGAACGAAGAUCCGGUGGUUAAGUUCACCGAGGCGCAGCUGGCGGAGAUUCGCAAGACGACACUGGCGAAGAUCAUCUGCGAAAAUCUGGACAUUGGAGGCGACAUGCAGCGGGCGGCCUUCGACCUACCGAGCAACUUCCUCAACCCACGGGUACCGUGUAGCUCGAUGGCACAGAUGGAUCUCAGCGCCUGGAGGGAGAACGUGUUACAGGGUUGCCAGAUCGGUGGCAAGAACGUGAACGUCGGUGACUCUGCGUUCCCGUCGCCGUGCACCAGUUGCGUCUGCACGAACGAGGGGCCUCAGUGUGCCUCGCUGCGCAUCACCGACUGUGCGCAGCUGGCCCGCGAGUGGCCCCGUGACGUGAUCCUCCGGGACGACGUGUGCAGUGCCCAGUGCGGUCUGGUACUGCAGAACGGCAACCCUCAGGCACGCAAUGUUCCGAUCAGCCUGCGGCCACCUCCUCAGCGGAUCGCACGAUCGCGCGUCGUGCAGCAGCAGCAGCAGGCGUCUCCAUUCAGCUUCCAGGGCUUCCAGUUCCCCGAUCUGUCACAGUUUAUCGGCUAAGCGGGAGCGCGUGAUCCCCGACGAGAAUCACCUAGCAUGUAGAGAUGUACAUAUUGAGCGGCCAUAAUUAAUAUUUUCAGCCCCCGUUACGUUAGCGCAGCCAGCAAACUGAUAGCUCUCGCGUCCUACCCCAGAACUGCCUCACGCACGGGCGCGCGUAUAGUGCCGUCGAUUGGAGACGCUGAACGCUGAGAAUGUUUAUUAUCUAUUUGUAUCUUAUCACUAUUCACCACGUCGCAACCUUCUUAAGUUAUGAUCUGUCGUGUCGUUUCGCCACAAACUGCUGCCGGCCGUGUGCAGGAGCCGGCGCUUCUGGAACUAGCCCUAGGCUGAAAACUCCUCCUGCACAUCGCUGGUCCGCGUGCGCGCAAGUAUCUUAUCGGCUUAGGUUUUAAGCGGAACAUACCACUGAGCGGAGAGACUAAAAUGGACAAGAAUGUAGUAGCCGGAGACAACCGGUAGUGGUAGCGAUCCAAGUGCUGUAUUCCCGUCGCGUCGCAUCCCGUAGUGUUAUU